AUGAAGCCCGUCCAGUAUAACCCGCUCAGCCCUAAGCUAUAUUUGUCUCGAAUUCCCCUACCGUUGCGGCCACGAGUGACAACACCGGAUAACACCGUCAAGUGCUUGCAGUACCUACCUCAGGACCCGCCGCUAGACCAGGAACCCGAGGCCAAUAUCCCGGAUUCUGCAAUAAAGUCCGUCACUUUUAGAUCGGAGCCGUCAGAGGCGGUUUUAAGUCUCCGUCAUUAUGUAGCGCAGGACCUUGCAAUGUGCCGCAAAAUCAUUGUCACACUUGAGUUGACCCGGAUGCGGAAAGCUCGUUUAGGCCUGCAAAACUGGAUUCUCUUCUGGAGACAGAUCUACGACGCCAAUCUUGCCCGGACGAUCACUUUGGUUGUCAGCACCGUCUACAUGGAGCUAGAUCAGUUAUUCCGCGCAACCGCGCAAAACAUGUGCCAUAUCACCUACAAUAUUGGCAAGCGCAUGGCGUUGCUGCGGACCGUGCACGAAGCAAGAGCCGUAUGGCAUCAGAUGGAGCAACAAAUCGUCAGAUGGCGAAAUAUUAGACGGUCUCGCGCACAGAAAAUCUUUCAUGACCUGCGGCUCGAUCUCGAAAACAUACCGGUCGACGUUCCUGAGAUGCUAUUUGAUGAUUUGAAAAGAGGGAUAUUCGCCCUUGACCCGUUUGGCGACUACCAUCCAGGGGAUGCCGAAGCCGAAGAAAAGGAUAAGCAAGCUGAUGGGAAGGCUUGUGCAGAAGACUAUGUCAACCAACAACCAGACCUUCCUUCCAGACCAGGCUUCAGCAACGAAUUUCACAUGGCUCUCCAAGCAGCAUCCGCAGGGUUCGACGAUAAUUAUUCCGACCCUGAAGAGCCAGAAGACUCGGACUCUGACAUGAGCAGUAUCCUCCACAUCGAAUGA